AUGGGUCAGAUAGCACAACAGUUAACUUCAAAUUAUCAAGCCUCGGGUACCCUACCCAGUGGUACGGUAACAAAUCCGCGGGAACAUAACAAUGUUAGCACUGUCGUAACCCGAAGUGGGAAGUCAACAAAAGAAAACAGUAUGGGGGAAGAUGGAUUGUUAGAAGUGGAUUUAGAAAUCAUGGAAACCAAGGACCAAGAUGAAGAAGUGGUACCGCCACCUGUCAAGGAGAAAGAAAAGCUUGAAAUAAACAUCCCUUUUUCUGAGACAUUAGAACAAAUUCCAAUAUAUGCCAAGUUCAUGAAAGACAUCAUCUCCAAAAAGCGUUCCACUGAUAUAUACCCGAUCAUCCUAACUGAAACAUGCAGUUCCAUUCUUCAAGGUAUGAAAAUCCCAGUGAAAAAGAAAGAUAGGGGAUCAGUUACUAUUCCGUGCACUAUUGGUGAUAGAAAAUUCAAGAAGGCUCUUAUUGACUUAGGAGCAAGUGUAAGCUUGAUGCCACUAUCCAUAUAUAAGAAAUUAGGCAUUGGCACUAUUCAAGAUACUCAAAUGACACUUCAAUUUACGGAUCGCUCUGUUAGGCGACCUAAUGGGAUUGUGGAAGACGUUCUUGUAAAAAUUGACAAGUUUGUUUUCCCAGUUGACUUCGUCAUUUUGGAAAUGCCCGAAGAUGAGGAGAUUCCUCUCAUAUUGGGCAGACCAUUAUUGGAAACAGGACGGUGUAUGAUAGACAUCGAGGAAGGAACAAUGACUCUUAAAGUCUAUGAUGAAGAGUUAAAAAUAGAUGUGCGGAACACAAUGUAA